CCCCGCCCACUGGCACAAUUCAUGUGAGCUUGCUGCAUGCACGAGUGCACACUUUUGAGAAAAGACCACAGAAGACAAGACCAGACACUAGAGACAAUGGCGCAGGCGGCGGACUCCAUCCUGCACAGCGGCUACUUCCACCCCAGUCUCAGAUAUUGGCAGACGUGUGCAUCAGAUCUCAGGCCUGACAAUCUCAUCUACCCCAUCUUCAUAACUGACAGUCCUGAUGCAGUGGAACCUAUUGCAAGCCUGCCAGGUCAAGCAAGAUACGGUAUUAAUAAGCUAGAAGGUAUGCUGCGUCCGCUUGUGGAAAAAGGCUUGAAAUGCGUGCUGAUUUUUGGAGUUCCUGCCAAAAUCGCAAAGGAUGAGCUAGGCUUUGGGGCUGACACCGACGACACUCCUGCUGUUCAAGCUGUGAAGAAACUUCGAGCUCUGUUCCCUAAUCUGCUGCUGGCUUGUGACGUGUGUCUCUGUCCUUACACGUCACACGGUCAUUGUGGGAUCCUACGUGACGAUGGCACCCUGGAUAACGCAGCAAGUUGUAUGAGGCUGGCAGAGGUGGCGUUGGCGUACGCACGUGCUGGUUGCCACAUUAUCGCUCCGUCUGACAUGAUGGACGGACGGAUUGCAGCCAUUAAGCAAGCACUCAUAUCCAACGAUCUUGGCAACAAGGUUUCGGUGCUGAGCUACAGUGCAAAGUUUGCUUCCUGUUAUUACGGCCCUUUCAGGGAUGCCGCUCAGUCCAAGCCAGCUUUCGGAGACAGGCGAUGCUAUCAGCUACCCCCUGGUGCCCGAGGGCUUGCUCUGCGAGCCUGUGAGCGAGACGUAAAAGAGGGAGCCGAUAUGCUGAUGGUGAAACCUGGACUGCCUUAUCUUGAUAUUCUGAGGGAGGUUAAGGAUAAGCACCCUACACACCCGCUGGCGGUGUACAACGUGUCCGGAGAGUUUGCGAUGCUGUGGCAUGCAGCACAGGCCGGUGCUUUUGACCUGCGUACGGCCGUCCUGGAAUCCAUGACCGCUUUCCGUCGGGCAGGAGCGGACAUCAUCAUCACUUACUACACUCCUCAGCUGCUCACGUGGCUUACAGAGUGACGUGCCGCCCGGCUCUCGUGGAUUGGUUCUGAUUUAUUCCAAAGGUCAUUAAGAGUCGAUGAUGCAGAGAGAUGAUUAUUUUUACAUUCUAAUACUUUGAAGGAAAAACAUACAAUGUAAAUCCUGUGUAUCAUCAUUUAGUCACGUCGAUUAAAAAAACGUAAAUAUAGCAAACGAACUCAUUCAGCUAUGACAGCUCGCUAUCGUAACACUGAUGAUACUUAUUUGAUGCUUUUGCCGAUUUCUUUCUUUUUAUGAGUACUUUCCGCUUUCUAAAAUCUAUAUAUAGUUCACAAAUUAUAUUUAAAUGUGAAAUUACGGGUUCGGUUGCUUUCAUGUCAGUUCUGUCACUGGAAUAAACACCGUUUUGUUUUGUAA